CCAGCUUCAAGCUGUCGGGACUGUAUCUUUGCUCGCUUUCUCAAUAGGAGUAUCUCCGCAUCCUUCGGAUUCUUGUCACUGCCCUUACUCCAUGUCAUCCCCAUGGAUCAGGAGCUCGCGCAAUUAUGUCUGAACAGCGACCCAUUAGAAAGCCUAUGGCAAGCACGGGCUGCUGCAAUCGGUCUAUCCGUUCACAGGCUUCAUCUACUUACACUGAUCACGGAAUCACAUACAUACUAUGCCCUCUCGGGAGUACCCCUUUCACAACUGCCGAAGUCACUCAGCCAGGCGCGCAUCACGGUAUGGUAUAGUCAUGCUUUGACAAAGCCCGACGACGACCGGUAAUCCCGAUGUAGCCAACGCCACGUUCCCGAUGACACCGUCCGUCUUUCUACCUUGUUUCUACCACUCACAAAGGACUGACAUAUAGGGAGAUCAAGUGCGUCGCUCAUCCCUAACCGUCCUCACCGCAAUCAUGCAAGAAAUCGUACUCUACGACAUUCAAUCCAAGGUCGGCGCAUAUUCCUCGACGACUUGGAGGGCAAGAUAUGCGCUCGGAUACAAGCGUCUACCGUUUCGCACCGUCUGGGUCGAAAUUCCGGAUAUCUCGGACGUCUGCCGUCGCAUCGGCGCACCGCCAACAAACAAGUCGCCCAACGCCAGCGACCAAUACUCUCUUCCCGUCAUACAGGACCCAAACACAGGGCGCUGCAUCUCCGACUCGUUCAAGAUUGCUGUCUACCUCGACGAGCGCUAUCCAGACGCGCCGCUGCUCUUCCCUCAUCGCGACCUCGGCCUUCAGAAGGCCUUCCAGGAUAGCUUCCACUGUAUCUUCCUCAGCUCAAUCGCGAAGCCCUUGCGACGGAAAUCGUUCGCGGCUUUCGACGACCGCACAAGGGAGUUUCUUGAGCAUGCGCACGGGGUGGAGGUUGCGUCGGAUGUAUCACUCGAGCGGUGUUGCGACGAGGCGAAGGCCCAAGCGAAGGAGACUUACGCAUGGGUGGAGACCUGUAUACAAGCGAAUGGGAACGACGCUACGUUCCUCGCUGGAGAUGUCCUGUCGUACUCGGACCUCGUCGUCGUAGCUUCGCUCAAGUGGUUGAGCAAGGCAAGUGCGGAAGACUGGUCAAAGGUAUCGGAAUGGCACGACGGGCGAUGGCGUAGGCUACUUGCCGCAACGGAGGGACUCAUGAUGGACGGGCUUGAGGACAUGUAGACGAAGACGCGCGUACUGACUAUAAACGAGCCGGAAUUUAGUAUACCUCUAUCACAAUCUAUGAGGGAAUCAUCUUCUAUGAUUCCCCGGGAAUGCCGGUCAAUGAAGGUCGGCGGAAGUCAUAGCUGAAUCCUAUGCCGUUCCGGUCGGAAUUCCAUACUCUACGCCUGGAAGACCCUUGGGUGACGCUUGCGAGAGCCGGGGCUCUGAGCUUGAUGGCUGCGUUGCUGAUCUGGUC